CUUCCGUCGUCUGUUAUCAACAAACCUUGCUCAUCAUCUGAAAAUUGGAUUAUCGCUUUAUUUGUGCACAAAUUAAUCAGGAAUAAUAUUGUCUAACUUUGUUAUCACAUGUAUUCACUUAUGUAACUUUUUGUGGACAGUAAUUUUAUUUUGUUCCUUUUCAAUCUUUCAAAGAAAUGGCUCUUGCACAGAACUGUGUAAUUCAUGUAGCUGCAUUUCAGCGCACAAUCUUUAAAUUAUCUUACUGCCAUAGAGUUAAACAAGUAAAAUGGUUUCUGGGAGGAAAUUUCUGUAGAAGAGAAAGAUUUGUUUCAACAUCAUCAGCAUCUAAAAUGGAAGCAUGGCUGAUUCAUCAGUACGGUGGGAACAAUGAACUAGCACUGUAUGACAAGGUACGAACACCCACGAUAAAGUCUCCGAAUGAGCUACUGAUCAAGGUUUACGCAGCAAGUGUAAACCCAAUUGAUGUUAAAAUGCGGAGUGGAUAUGGCAAGAAGCUACUUAAACUUUUGAGAAUGCAACAGACUGGACUAAAUCCUGGCAGUGAAUUUCCUCUCAUUUUAGGCCGAGAUUUUUCUGGUGUUGUGGUAGAAACAGGUCAAGCUGUGAAGAACUUUAAGCCUGGAGAUGAGAUAUGGGGGGCCCUUGGUGCCCACAAACAAGGAACUCAUGCACAGUUUACAGUGGCAUCAGAAAAUGAAAUUUCCAAAAAGCCAGAAAACCUUACUCAUAUAGAAGCUGCUUCCAUUCCAUAUGUUGCUUUGACAUCAUGGGCUGCAUUAUGCAGUGUUGGAGAACUAUCAGAAAAAAAUGCUCGUCGAAAGAGAAUUCUAGUUCAAGGAGGAUCAGGGGGAAUUGGAAGUUUUUCAAUACAGCUGUUAAAGGCAUGGGAUGCUCAUGUAACAGCUACAUGCAGCACAGAUGCUGUGGAGUUUGUGAAGAAUCUUGGAGCUGAUGUUGUCAUAGACUAUAAGACUCAGAAUGCCAGAAAGGAACUCUCCAGGCUAAAACCGUAUGACUUUGUUUUGGACACAGUAGGUGGUCAGGUGGCAGACUAUUCCUUUGAUUUACUGGCUACAUGGAAGAAUGCCAAACUGGUGACAAUUAUCACACCCCUUCUGAAGAAUGCUGACACUUUUGGCUAUGUGCCAGGACUUGCCAAAUCUGCAUUCUCUUUGGGAUCCAACCUGCUGAAGGGUGUCACUGGAGGUCGGCACUAUCGUUGGGCCAUAUUUGUCCCAAACAGUUAUGCUUUGAGUAAAGUGGGACACUUGGUUCAAAGAACAGAGAUAAGACCAGUAAUUGAGCAAGUGUAUCCAUUCAAGGAGCUCUCAGAAGCAUAUGCAAAUGUGGAAAAAGGACACAAUCGAGGAAAAACAGUAGUAGACAUGUCAACAUGAUAUGACAGGUCACAUAAUGUUGAGUUUGCUUACAUAUUUGUGACAUUGUGCAUAUUUUGCACUGAGGAAUACUUACCUUUCAUUUAGUGACUUUAAAAUGAGGUAUUCUUAUACUUGACAGGUAAAAUUACAAAUUUUAGCAUCUAUGCAAUUAAAAUUGACCUAAAAUUUUGACAGCAAGUGAAAUAUUAUUUAGCAGUUAUACUACAGGCAAAAGAAAUGACAUUGGUUAUUUUUUCAGACCACAACCUCUCUCUAAGGUUAUCAUUAUAAAGCCAAGAUAGAUGCAAAAAGUAAUACAAACUGAAAUAAUUUUUUUUUUUUAUCAGGAGUCAAAAUAAUUUUUUUUUAUCUUCAGCACAGUGUAACAGUGGUACAAUGCACAUGGUCAGAAGCAGUAUACUAUCUAGGCACCCAUAUGUGAAGGUUGUGGCUUAUUUGGAACUUCCAGCUACAAACCUCAUCUAUGCUGAUGGCAUUCACCUUCUUCUAAACACGAGUAGCUACACUGAGAACAGAAUAAACUCUUUGCUUUGAUACUGUUAUUAUUAUGUCUGUAUUUUCAUGUAAAUUUUGUAAAGUACUUUGAGCUAACCUUUGAAGGAAGUGUAAAGCGUUAUUUAAAUUCCAAUUUAUUAUUUUAAUAAAAGAAUAAAAGCAAA